UAAGCUAUUCAGUUCUUGGGGAUGCACGAUAGCGCGAUUAAGAAAAUAAGAGCAACUGAAAUAAUGUACAAGUUACUGAGCGCUCAUUUUAGGUGCGAACGCGUCUCCAGGAUAGCGGAGAAAAUCAUUUUAACUUGUUUGUUUUUUACUGUACUUGUUAAUGCGAAUCAAAACACAGAUUGACAGUGUUUAUGUGUAUUUGGGGUGCAGGUAGUAAAAUCUACAUGAAUGCUCUGGAUUAACAGAAAGAAAUCUUUGUUUUUUUUUAAAUUGUCCAUUGGAAGAAGAUUUUCUUUGCUGAAGGAAUUAUGGAUCUCCCAAAAUAGACUGUAAAAUUGUCGGUUCAACGUAUUUAGUAACUGAUCAGCAAUCGGAUAUACUGUAUAUUUUAAGAGGACAUUUCCAUCGGGACUUAUUGUGUCCCCUCGGAAACUGGAAACUCAUGAAGGAUUUAAAUCAGGAGAUAGAGACAAAAGUUUGCAGAAUCUUACAAUGAAGCUGAAAUCUUCUAAAUGGGGUUACCUGUUAAUCCAGUUUAUGACGCUAAUAUUUUACAUUCAGACAGCAGCAGGCCUGCACUCUGUGUCUGUGCCCAACUUUAAGCAGCACGUGACCGAGCACAGCCGCUUGUCGGACCGCACGAGCCGCCGAUUGACGCGCACCUACCAGCUGUACAGCCGCACGAGCGGCAGACACGUGCAGGUGCUGUGUAACAAGAGAGUCGUGGCUAACGGCGAAGACGGAGACGUGCACGCCAAACUGAUUGUGGAGACGGACACUUUCGGGAGUCGGAUUCGUAUCCGUGGAGCUAAAACAGGCUUCUACAUAUGCAUGAACAAGAAAGGAAAGCUGAUUGGACGGAGGAAGGGUCAUGGCAAGGACUGCAUUUUUACUGAAAUCGUCCUGGAGAACAACUACACGGCACUGCAGAACGCCAAGUACAAAGGCUGGUACAUGGCAUUUACGCGUAAAGGCCGUCCCCGCAAGGCGACACGCACGCAACAGCACCAGAGAGAAGCUCAUUUUAUGAAACGCUUUCCAAGGGGACACCUGCUCACUGAACUCAAGCCCUUUGAUAUUGUCCCUUAUCCACUCAACAAGAGGACUAAACACAGUCAUCGGCCUAAUGUCAACUAGGGAUGUUCACUUACACUCACUCACACACACACACACACACACACACACACACACACACACACACAUGUUCAUACACAUAAGGAACUAAGCAAGGACACAUCUUCAAAAAGACCUCUUGUACAGUAGCUUGAACAAUCAACUGGAAUUAAUUUGUGUGUAUCUUAUUUAAAUGCAGAGUUAAAUGACUUUAUUUGACUUCUGAAAAGACUGAACCUGGAUGGCUUUUCAACUAUAAUUAUAAUAAUGAUAAUAAUAAUAAAACUAUUCUGGAAUCAGUUCAGUAUGGAAAGGCUCCAGAAGCCAUUGGUUAAGUAAUGUGCAGUUUAGAAGUUUAUCUCUGGGAAUGAGACAGACACACGGAAAACAAAUACACUCACACGUGGCAGCUAUGUAUCUCAUUUAACAAAAUACAACAACCUUUCUGGUGCACUUAUGCAGAUUCAUCUAUGGAGUCUUUUGAGAUACACAUCAAUCUCCUUUCCAUUGUCUGUUUAAAUAUAUAUAUAUUUUUUAUGAGAGGAAAUUUUAAAAGUGAGGACAUAAAUAUUUA